CGUACGGCAGCCUACCAGGGAAUACGAAGGACAGCGGCUAAAUCCAUGUGUGCCAAGCCAAAGCACAACCUCGUGGUAAAAAGACAAGGGUAUAAGCCGUGUGUUGCCUGCUGAUACUGUGGUGAUCUAGGAAAAUCUUACUGGGCAAUAUCAUAUAAGACUCAGGGUGGUGAAGGUUUUUGUGUGAAGAGGGCGAGCGGAUAAUGGCAAAGCAAGGCAUGUUUCGAUAUGCAAAUAAGGUGGACAAGUUGUUGAUGCUGUUUGGGACGUUGGCAAGUUUUGGAGAUGGGAUUCAAGUUCCCCUCAUGAUGUUCAUUCUCAGCGAUGUGAUUAAUGCAUAUGGAAGCCCAAACAUCAUUUUGACAAAGAAUGAUGUAAAUAAGUAUGCUUCAAGGCUUUUCUACGCAGCAAUGGGAGUUGGACUUUCAGCUUUCAUUGAGGGAAUGUGUUGGGUAAGAACUGCAGAGAGACAAACUUCCAGAAUAAGAAUGGAAUACCUGAAAUCAGUACUUCGACAAGAAGUUGGUUUCUUUGACGCUCAAGCAGUAGGUUCUUCAACAACUUACCAAGUUGUCUCCCUCAUUACAGUUGAUGCCAACUCAAUUCAAGAUGCUUUAAGUGAAAAGAUACCAAACUUCCUCGCUGGCAUGUCAACCUUUCUAUUCUGUCACAUCUUUGCACUUGUACUAUCAUGGAGACUUACAUUGGCAGCUAUACCACUAUCAGUCAUGUUCAUCGUUCCAGCACUUAUAUUUGGGAAGAUCAUGUUAGAUCUAGCAAUGAAAAUGAUUGAAUCUUAUGGAGUUGCUGGUGGGAUUGCAGAACAAGCUAUAUCAUCAAUAAGAACUGUUUAUUCAUAUGUGGGGGAGAAUCAAACACUGAACAGAUUUAGCAAUGCACUUGAGAAAACUAUGGAAUUGGGAAUAAAGCAAGGUUUUGCAAAGGGGCUGAUGUUAGGAAGCCUAGGAGUUAUAUAUAUCAGCUGGGGCUUUCAGGCUUGGGUUGGAACUUAUUUGAUCACUGAGAAAGGAGAACAGGGUGGCCAUGUAUUUGUAGCCGGCUUCAACGUUCUCAUGGGAGGCCUGAGUGUCUUAAGUGCACUUCCCCAUUUGACUGCUAUCACAGAGGCGACAGCGGCUGUCACCCGUCUCUUUGAAAUGAUUGAUAGGUUACCAACUAUAGAUUCUGAAGACAAAAAGGGAAAAGCUUUGUCACAUGUGAGAGGAGAAAUUGAAUUUCAAGACAUUUACUUUUGUUACCCAUCUAGGCCAGAUACACCAGUCUUGCAAGGACUCAAUCUUAGGAUUCCAGCAGGCAAGAGAAUAGGUCUUGUAGGGGGUAGUGGUUCCGGAAAGUCCACAAUCAUUGCAUUGCUUGAGAGAUUCUAUGACCCUGUUGAGGGAGAAAUACGCUUAGAUGGCCACAAGAUCAACAGACUUCAGUUAAAAUGGUUGAGAUCUCAACUUGGCCUAGUAAAUCAAGAACCUGUUCUUUUUGCCACAACCAUAAAAGAUAAUAUACUGUUUGGAAAAGAAGGGGCAUCCAUGGAAAGCGUGAUAACUGCAGCUAAAGCAGCAAACGCGCAUGAUUUCGUUGUCAAGUUACCAGAUGGAUAUGAAACCCAAGUUGGGCAGCUCGGAUUUCAAUUGUCUGGUGGGCAAAAGCAACGAAUUGCCAUAGCAAGAGCUUUACUCAGGGAUCCAAAGGUUCUGCUGCUUGACGAAGCUACCAGUGCACUAGACGCACAAUCUGAAAGAGUGGUGCAAGCAGCAAUUGAUCAAGCUUCAAAAGGAAGGACUGCAAUCAUUAUUGCUCACCGUCUGACUACAAUACAAUCUGCUCACAUUAUUGCAGUUCUUCAAGCAGGGAGACUGAUAGAAUCAGGUACCCAUAAUGAGCUCAUGGAAAUGAAUGAUGGACAAGGUGGGGAAUAUGCAAGGAUGGUGAAGUUGCAGCAAGUGACCACACACGAUGAAGAUUUCAGGAAUCCCAAUCUUCAGACAGAGGAAAGGAAUCCCCACCACAAGAUAAGCAUUUCACCGGGCCCAGCAAGUAUCAGAUCAAACACACCAAGCACUCCAGUUUUAUUUCCAUUUAGUCAGCCAUUUUCCAUGGGGACACCUUAUUCCUACUCAAUCCAAUGUGAUCCUAAUGAUGAUAGUUAUGAAGAUAGCUUCAAAAGAUCAACUUAUCCAGCUCCUUCGCAGUGGCGUUUGCUAAAGAUGAAUGCACCUGAGUGGGGAAGAGUAGUGUUUGGAUGCUUGGGUGCAAUAGGCUCAGGAGCUGUCCAGCCAGUAAAUGCAUUUUUUGUGGGAACACUUAUCUCUGUCUACUUUGACACUGAAACCUCAAAAAUAAAGUUCAAAACUAGAGUCUUGGCACUUACUUUCCUGGGAAUUGGCGUUUUUAACUUCAUUACAAGUAUUAUUCAACACUACAAUUUUGCAGUUAUGGGAGAAAGACUGACUAAAAGAAUACGAGAAAGAUUGCUUGGAAAAUUGUUGACUUUUGAGAUUGGGUGGUUUGAUGAUGAAGAGAACACAAGUGCAGCCAUUUGUGCAAGAUUAGCCUCUGAAGCUAGCAUGGUUCGCUCCCUUGUUGGAGAUCGUUUGUCAUUACUGUCUCAAGCAAUUUUUGGAUCUAUCUUCGCUUAUGGUCUUGCAUUGGUGCUUACAUGGAGAUUAUCCCUCGUGAUGAUUGCUGUACAGCCAUUAGUCGUUGGGAGCUUUUAUUCAAGAAGUGUCUUGAUGAAGUCUAUGGCAGAAAAAGCCCGAAAAGCUCAAAAGGAAGGAAGCCAACUUGCAAGUGAAGCUGUAAUAAACCAUAGAACCAUAACAGCCUUCAGUUCUCAGAAAAGGAUUUUGGCCCUUUUCGAAUCUACAUUGGUAGGUCCUCAAAAGGAGAGCGUUAGGCAAUCAUGGAUUUCGGGCUUUGGUCUUUUUAGCUCACAAUUUUUCACCACUACUGCAGCAGCUUUAGCUUACUGGUAUGGCGGGAGGCUUUUGAUUGAGGGGCUCAUAGAACCAAAGCAUCUUUUCCAAGCAUUUUUCAUCUUGCUCUUCACCGCAUAUAUCAUUGCAGAAGCAGGAAGCAUGACUUCUGACUUAUCUAAAGGAAGCAAUGCAGUUCGAUCAGUGUUUAGAAUCUUGGACAGAAGAAGCGACAUUGAUCCUGAGACCACACGGGCAGUAGACAUAAAUAAGAAAUUAAGAGGUCGAGUGGAACUUAAAAGUGUUUUCUUUGCAUAUCCAACCAGACCUGAGCAGAUGAUUUUCAAGGGUCUGUGUCUUAAAGUUGAGGCAGGGAGAACACUAGCACUAGUGGGACAAAGUGGUUCCGGUAAAUCAACCGUUAUUGGCCUCAUUGAAAGGUUUUACGAACCAUUGAAGGGAACAGUGUGCAUAGACGAACAAGACAUUAAGUCCUACAACUUGAGAGUUCUAAGGUCACGUAUUGCCCUUGUAAGUCAGGAGCCAACCCUUUUUGCUGGAACCAUUAGAGAAAACAUUGCCUACGGGAAAGAAAAGGCAACUGAAGCUGAGAUAAAGAAGGCUGCAACUCUAGCUAAUGCCCAUGAAUUUAUAAGUGGCAUGAACGAUGGGUACGACACUCAUUGUGGAGAAAGAGGGGUUCAACUGUCAGGAGGCCAAAAACAAAGGAUAGCCAUAGCACGUGCAAUGUUGAAGAAUCCUGCAAUUUUGCUGCUAGAUGAGGCUACCAGUGCACUUGAUAGUGUGUCAGAGAACUUGGUUCAAGAAGCACUAGAGAAGAUGAUGGUUGGCAGAACAUGCAUAAUUGUGGCUCACAGGCUAUCUACUAUACAGAAAUCAAACUCCAUUGCUGUGAUUAAGGAUGGGAAAGUUGUGGAACAAGGUUCACAUAAUGAACUCAUUUCUCUAGGGCAAGAUGGAGCAUACUACUCUCUUGUUAAACUUCAAAACGGUAGAUCUUUUUGAAGGUAAAUCAAAAGAAGCUGCAACAUAAGAUAGGCUUUUCCCUUUUUCACUUUUGAAUUUUAGAGACAAGAUCGUAACAGGUUAAUCAGGAAUAACAACAUAUAUUUCCUAGAUUUGGGUGAUCCCUUUGUACCCAAAUAUGAGUUUAGAGAAGUGUCAAAGUUGUAGUUAUGUAUUGUGAGAGAAGUGGCUUGUUUGAGGAUUGUGGUGUGUGAAGUAGUAGGACCUUUGACGUAUAAAUAGGUCUUGUAUUGAUUGCAUGAUGAAAAUGGAAAAGCAAUUUCUAGUGCC